CAGGCACUGCCUUUGGGUUUUGGGGAAUGACAACAAGUUGUCUAAAAUUGGAUCUUUCUGGGAAGAUUUAAUUGGUGAUGCAAAGCAACGACAAUGUUUUUUUAAUGCCGAUGAAGAUGAAGAGUUGGUGAAAGCAAUAAUCAAGGCUAACAAAGAGCAUGAUCAGUUAGAUAAUUUACUUACUGAAGAAAGUAUGCUUUUCAAAGGUGCAUUGUGGAAGGUGCUGUUCAGCAAUAACUUUAGGAAGUCAUUUGGGAAGUUGAAGUCAUCACAAACACAGAAGUCUGUGGUUAAUCUAUUAGUAACACUUUCCAAAGGUUGGCGUCCGAAGAAGCUUAGGGUUGAAACAUUAAGCGAUAACCCCGUCCAGCUUGUGAAACAGUAUAAGGUUGGAAGGAUGUAUAUUAUUUCUAGCGUUGAUGUUGCAAAAUAUUCAUGCUACACCCAAGUUUUAAAGAUAUGGGAUAUUUUACCUCUUGAGGAAAUACCUAAAUUAGUGAAGAGUCUGGACAGCAUAUUCUCUUUAUACACUGACGAUUACCUCAACCGCUGUAAGCUGGAACACUCUGAGGGGGAUUUGGUGGUGCCAGUUACCUGGAGAAUAGAUGAUGAGACAGUUAGAUAUAAGAAUACUAACAACCUUGAGUUAGUAGAUAGUUCAAGUGACGGGGUAUUAGAUGGGAGAUGCUACAUUGAAAACUCAAAAGUGAGAGAUAGUCUGUUGCUCAUGAAGUUCUAUUCCUUAUCAGCUGGUUUAGUGAACCAUUUGCUCUCUGGGAGUGAUGGAAAAGAGCUUGAUCUUCCUUUUGAAGUAACAGAUAAAGAGUCAGAUAUCAUUCUUUUCCCCAGAAGUAGUUUGAUUCUUGGUAGGUCUGGGACAGGUAAAACCACGGUUUUGACUAUGAAAUUGUUCCAAAAGGAGCAGCAAACUACUUUUCAUCUACAGGAUUUGUGGAAGCCAUGGGAGAUAUUUCUAUGAAUGCUCCAACGGGGAACGUGUGUGGAGUGGUCGGUAAUGAGGCAAAAGGUACUGUCUUACGGCAAUUGUUCGUAACAGUCAGCCCAAAACUAUGCUCUGCCGUUAAAAACCAAAUUUCUAGCUUGAAAAGAUUUAUCAGCAAUGGCAGGGCGUCAACAGAAUACAAUUCCAUUGAGUCGCCCGAUGUCGAUGACGCAGUUCAAUUUCGAGAUCUACCAGAUUCUCUUAGGGACAUUCCACCUGCAAGUUAUCCACUUCUCAUAACAUUUCAGAAAUUCUUAAUGAUGCUUGAUGGAAGUACGGGAAAUUCGUAUUUUGAUAGAUUCAGUGAUAUAAGGGAACUUACACAAUCUAAAAUUGCAACCUCAAGGUCAUUUGCUUUGCGUGCUCUUAUAAGAUCGAAAGAGGUCAAUUACGAAAAGUUCAACUCAAUUUACUGGCCUCAUUUUAAUUGCCAGAUGACCAAGAAGCUUGAUUCGUCUAUGGUUUUUAUUGAGAUAAUUUCACACAUCAAAGGUGGGCUAUUUGCUGGAAGGCUACCUAAUAAUAAACUUAGUCGAGAAGCUUACAUAUCACUAUCAGAGGGACGAGCAUCAUCUAUAAGUGAAGAAAGAAGGGAGAUGAUUUAUGAUAUUUUCCUGGAAUACGAGAAGAAGAAAUUACUAAAUGAUGAGUUUGAUUUGGCUGAUUUUGUCAUUGACCUUCACCUUCACCUUCGACUGAAAACUGGGUGCUACAAGGGUGAGGAAAUGGACUUCGUGUAUAUUGAUGAAGUGCAGGAUCUCACCAUGAGACAGAUUGGUCUUUUUAAAUAUAUUUGUAGAAAUUUUGUGGAAGGGUUUAUUUUUUCUGGUGAUAUUGCGAAACUAUUGCUGGUGGGGUUGAUUUCAGAUUCCAAGACGCGAGAUCUUUGUUCUACAACGAGUUUAUUUUGGAUUCAGGAAGUGAUGGCAUGGGAAAUGCGAAAGACAUGGAUCAAUCUCGUAUCUCAGACAUCUAUCAUUUGAAUCAGAACUUCCGUACUCAUGCAGGUGUUCUCAACUUGUGACAGAGUGUAAUU